CCGGGAGAAAAGAUCGAGUGCUCCUCAGCUACCCUAACAUCCCCUCUCUCUCUCUCUCUCUCGUUCUCUCAAAUUUUCAAUUUUUUAAUUUCGUCGCCGGAGUGUCUUCGCCGGCAAAUUGAUCGGUCGUCGACCGACCAUGGGCCUGCUGCCGCUAAGGAUGGAAUUCAUCAGUCCGUGCGUGUUGACGCUCACGGCAGAAAUGGAAGAGUAAAGGGGAUAUUUUUUACUGUGAAGUAGGAGGAGGAAAAUGUCUUUCCAGAACAAGGGUUUUUGGAUGCCAAAGAGCGGCGGAUAUGUAAAUGAGGGAGAGGGAACUUUUGGCAACCCAUCAAGAAUUGAGCCAAAGCGAUCUCAGCAAUGGUUUGUAGAUGCUGGUGAAGCAGAGCUGUUUCCAAACAAGAAGCAAGCAGUACAUAUUCCAAACAGAAAAUUGAGCUCGGAAAUGUCAAAUGAAAAUGUCCCUUCUUGGGAGAAUGCUUCAGGCUUCCAGUCAGUUCCGCAUCAAUUCAUUGACCGGUUAUUUGGAUCUGAUACAGCAAGCUCUGUCAGCCUUGCUGAAAGGAACGUGUCUCCUGUCGGAUCAGGUAAUUGGAAUCUAAGGAAGGGUAUCGGUGACCAGUUUGGAGAAGUUGGAUCUGUUAGUUUGUCAGUAUCUCAUGCUAUGGAAGAUCCUGAAACUCUUAGCUAUGCUGGAAUUAGAAAAGUCAAAGUCAAUCAGGUCAGGGACGGUGACAAUGGUAUGCAUGCGUCGAGGGAAAAUGGUUCCAAUAGGGAAAAUAAUAGUAACCUGUCCACAAAUCAGGCAUUUGAUAGGGUAAAUGAAACUGGUUUUUUAUCAGUGGGGCAGGCCUAUGAUAAGGAACACGGUAGUGUCUCAUUAAUGGGUCAUGCGUACAACCAGAGGGAUGACCAUGGCAGACCAAUAGGUCCCAACUAUGGCAAGGGGGAUGAAAGUGUGGUAGCAUUGGCUGACAGUUAUAAUAAAGGGAAUGCAAGUAUGGUAUCUUUUGGGGUGUUUCCUGGUGAUCAAGAUGUAGCCAUGGGAAGACUCGUUGGUAACUAUGAUCAAUUAUACCAUCCUUCUUCAGUUCAAAUAUCAGAAACUGCGUGCGAGAAGGAAUUGGACACAUCAAAUGCCAGUGCAGUUGAUAAUACUGCCUUUGUAGCCAAAACAAGACCUGAGUCAGUUUUGAAGAAUAAACCCGAGGUCAAAACGUCAAGGAAACAAGCUCCAAACAGCUUCCCGUCGAAUGUUAGGAGCUUGAUUUCUACGGGCAUGCUUGAUGGGGUUCCUGUAAAAUAUGUUUCCUUGGCACGUGAGGAGCUUCGAGGGAUUAUCAAAGGUGUCGGCUAUCUAUGUGGGUGUCAAUCAUGUAAUUAUGCUAAGGUGCUUAAUGCUUACGAGUUUGAGCGCCAUGCUGGUUGCAAAACAAAGCAUCCAAACAAUCACAUAUUCUUUGAGAACGGCAAGACCAUCUAUCAGAUAGUGCAGGAAUUAAAGAGCACGCCUGAGAGCUUGUUGUUUGAUGCACUUCAAACUGUGUUUGGUGCUCCGAUCAAUCAGAAAGCUUUUAAAAGUUGGAAAGAAUCCUUUCAAGCGGCAACUCGUGAACUUAAGCGUAUUUAUGGAAAGGAGGAACUGAACUUGUAGGCGUAUUUGUAUAGAAGAUUGGAGAGAAAGUUUUUCUUUUUACGCGUGAAAUAAUCACUUUUUAAAGUAUUUUGUAUGUAAAUGGAUGGAGGAAUUAUGUUUUUUUGUUAAAUUGGGUACAGUUCAACUGCCCUUUAUCUUCUAUGGCAGAGUUUAUGAGUCAAUCUCGUUUAACCCAUCA